UUCACAUGUUGCUGUGCUUCGACCAAUUCCCAUGCCCUGAUGGGCUGGACUGCAGCAAGAUCCGAGCACAAUCCCUUUGUCCAUCCUUCCUUCCUGGUUCCCCUCCCUUCUCCCUCCCUCCACCCUUAGGGAGGUUGUCCUACUCUUCUUUUUUUUUUUUUUUUUUCUUCCCCCCCCCAUCCUCCCCAGCUGUAUAAGUCCCUAAUCAAGCUGUCCUUGCAUCAAAGGACAGCUCAGGGGACACAGAGCAGGGCCCGGAGCAGCAGGAUGGCUCACGGCAUCUUGGGGCUCAUGCGGCCCUUGCAGCGUGGACUGAACAUGAGCAAAAUUCGCCUCGUUCUUCUCUGUGGUGUGACUGAGCAGCACCACAGCCUGGCAAAGUGGACAGAAAGAGGCUUCAGCUCCACACAUGGGUUCCAGGAUGGCUCUGGGGAGUCAAGCUCCGAGGGUCAGGUGACAGUACAUUUUAUAAAUCGGGAUGGAGAGCGACUUACGACCACAGCCAAAGAAGGGCAGAGUUUGCUGGAAGUGGUAGUCAAUCACAACUUGGCCAUUGAUGGAUUUGGUGCCUGUGAAGGGACAUUAGCCUGCUCGACCUGUCACCUCAUCUUUGACAAGGACACCUUCCAAAAGCUUGAUGCCAUCUCAGAUGAAGAACUCGACAUGCUGGACUUGGCAUAUGGACUCACUGACACCUCGCGCCUUGGCUGCCAGGUGUGUGUGAAGAAGUCGAUGGAUGGUCUGACGGUGAGGGUGCCCAUGGAUGUGUCUGACAUGAGGAGGCAGCUGGAGGUUGGAAAGCAAAGCAAACAGUAA